AUAGAUAUUAAAAGGCCAUUUUAAAUCGAGUGGCCCAUCUGUAAACCCGAAUACGGUUUCGUCUCAGAUUAAUUCUCCUCGAGAGGGUCGGGUCGGUUUCCAUUGAACCGUCUUGUAAGUUGGUUUAAAUCUCGAACUUGCUCCUCCUCCUCCGCAUCUAUUCGACGUCGCGGCGGUUUUAUUCAUUCCCGGCUGAGAAGAUGUUAAGCUCGAUGCAGAUUCUGCCUCUCGAGGCUCCUCCCACCGACGGGAACCUCGGUCCUCUCCCUCCUUCGCAGCUAACGGAUCAAGAAAUCGAAGAGAGAGAGCUGCAAUCAGAGCAGAAGAGCUCGAAUCAAGCUCCUGAGUCUGUAGCUACUCACACGAGGACUAUUGGUAUCAUCCACCCGCCUCCAGAUAUCAGAAGCAUCGUGGAGAAAACGGCACAGUUUGUAUCCAAGAACGGGCUGGAGUUCGAGAAGAGGAUCAUGGCUAGCAAUGCCAAGAAUGCUAAAUUCAACUUUUUGACCAGCUCAGAUCCGUAUCAUGCGUUUUACCAGCAUAAGCUCGCUGAGUAUCGUGCUCAGGACGAAGAUGGAGCUCAGGGUACUGAUAUUGUUGGUGCAGAUCUUCAACUUGAUGCUGGUGGUGAUGAGGGUGAGGCACAGCAUGAUCUUCAGGCUCAGUUUCGGGUUCCUCCGAAGCCUCUUGAACCUCCGGAGCCUGAGAAGUAUACAGUGAGACUUCCUGAAGGGAUUACAGGCGAGGAACUUGAGUAUAUUAAGCUCACAGCUCAGUUUGUGGCGCGGAAUGGGAAGUCUUUCUUGACUGGGUUGCAGAGUAGAGAGAAUAACAAUCCUCAGUUUUUCUUUAUGAAGCCAACUCAUAGCAUGUUCCCUUUGUUCACUGCCCUGGUUGAUGCGUACUUCGAUGUGUUAAAGCCUCCGGAAGACUUGAAAGAGAAGCUGAGGAAGAGUGCUGCUGAUUUGACGACGGUUCUUGAGCGUUGUUUGCAUCGUCUUGAAUGGGAUCGUUCUCAGGAGCAGCAGAGGAAGAAAGAAGAGGACGAGAAGGAGCAGGAGAGAGUGCAGAUGGCUAUGAUUGAUUGGCAUGAUUUUGUGGUUGUGGAGUCUAUUGAUUUUGCUGACGACGAGGACGAGGAGUUGCCACCGCCUAUGACGCUUGAGGAGGUUAUAAGGAGGAGCAAAGUAUCGGCAGCGAUGGAAGAAGAUGACGUUGUGGAGCCUGGAAAGGAAGCUGAGAUGGAAAUGGAUGAAGAAGAGAUGAAGCUUGUUGCGGAUGGAAUGAGAGCAGCGAACCUGGAAGAGAAUGGUGGCUAUGUGAAGAUUGACAAUAUGAACGAAGAAGCACCUAUGAGAAUUGUUAAGAACUGGAAGAGGCCAGAAGAUAGGAUCCCGACAGAGAGAGAUCCUACUAAAGUUGUUAUAUCUCCAAUUACUGGCGAGUUGAUUCCCAUCAAUGAGAUGUCUGAGCACAUGCGGAUUUCGCUUAUUGAUCCCAAGUUCAAGGAGCAGAAGGACCGGAUGUUUGCUAAGAUUCGCGAGACCACUCUUGCACAAGAUGAUGAGAUUGCUAAAAACAUAGUCGGACUUGCUCGUCUGCGUCCUGAUAUUUUUGGGACAACUGAAGAAGAAGUCUCAAAUGCUGUAAAAGCGGAGAUUGAGAAGAAGAAAGAUGAGCAGCCAAGUCAAGUAAUAUGGGAUGGUCACACAGGAAGUAUAGGUCGCACAGCAAACCAAGCCUUGGCUCAGAAUGCUAAUGGAGAAGAGCAAGGUAAUGGCGUUUAUGGAGAUCCCAAUAGCUUCCCUGGUCCGGCUGCUCUUCCUCCUCCUCGCCUAGGUGUCCCAGUAGUCCGGCCACUGCCACCACCUCCCAAUCUCGCCUUGAACCUCCCUCGCCCUCCUCCUUCUGUUCAGUACCCCGGGCCACCGAGGCCAUUAGGUGUUCCAAUGAUGCAAGGCAUGCAUCCACAACACCAGCUCUCGAUGCCUGGACAACCUGGACACCCGUCGAUGAUGAUGAUGAACCGACCACCACAAAUGCAGGCGGGUAUGCAUGUGCCGCCUCCACCGGGAUCACAAUUUGCUCAUCUUCAAGUUCCGAGACCUUAUGGUCAGCUUGCACCACCUCCUAUGGGGAUGAUGCAACCACCACCUAUGCAUGGGAUGCCUCCUCCUCCACCCCCUGGGGAAGCACCACCGCCUCUUCCUGAGGAGCCAGAGCCGAAGAGACAAAAAUUCGACGAGUCAGCUCUUAUUCCCGAAGAACAAUUUUUUGCUCAGCAUCCGGGCUCAGCUACGAUCCGUGUCUCUGUUCCAAGUGUGGAUGACGGGCAGGUCAUUGAGAUCACAGUGCAGUCAUUAUCCGAAAAUGUAGGAAGUUUGAAGGAGAAAAUAGCUGGUGAAACACAAAUUCCAGCAAACAAACAAAAGUUAAGUGGCAAAGCUGGGUUCUUAAAGGACAACAUGUCGCUUGCUCACUACAAUGUCGGAGCAGGAGAAAUCUUAACACUGUCUUUGAGAGAACGUGGUGGGAGAAAGAGAUAAAGAGUCAGCUGGUGGAUGCAGGGAAUGCUUUUUAAUCUCUUAAUUCUUCUUCUGAUGUUUAAUAUUGGUGGCCAAAACUCUAUGUUAUAUCUCUUUCACAUAUCUUUACGCUUGGCUCAUCAUAUCUACUAUCUAUGGAAGUUUUAAACUGAAGAAGGAUUCUUACUAACUUAAGUUUGUUUUGGAUUUGCAGCUUGUUCUGAGGCAACGUUUUGGCUCUGUAAUCUUUUAAAAAACUCCUCUUUAUUACAUGAUACUUUGUUUUGUCUUUGUCUGUGUGGAUUAUGUUUGGUUUAGCUUAUUUUUCGUGCAGUGUGAGGUACUACAAUAUGAGGAUGCUGCUUUGCUUUUUAUUUCUCUACGGGCUCGUCAUAGUGACAGGUACACAACUAGAAUAUAGUCAAGUCAAGAUGUUGAGAACCUUCUAUAGGCUUUCUUGUUGGAUUGUAAAUCAAAACUCCAGUCCAGGGCCAGCAAGCAGAACCAUUUGUCCAAGACAUGUGUCUACAAAUGAAGUAGACAAUCAAUAGCAAGUUGCUCAAAGCACAGUCUUGAGGAAAUCAAAACUCCACAUAGGAUAUAACCUUCUGGUGCACGUCCUUGGAGAAUAAGCUAUGAAGGAGAAGAGCAGAGAGAACAAACGCCCGGGUCGUUUCAUUUAUUGAUCCAUUAGGAAGGUAGAAACAUUGUAGUUUCUCACUGCCUGCCACUAGUUCUUAUAGAAAUCAAGAACCUGUAUUCAUGCAGCAUAAAACGAUGCACGUUGUGUGUUAUAAUGAAUGUACGUUUCAAAUUGUUUAUUGAUCUUCUACAUCUCUA